AUAUCACUCACCACCCGUUUACAAUUAGGUCACACAAAGACCACUACUUAGUUUCUUACUAACACAACAACCUUUCUUUAUAUUCUGGUUUAUUCCUUGUUCCCUCUUCCCUCUUGAGUACUCUCUUUCUGUUCUAUUUUUGGAAAAUUAAGGAGAUUAAAAAUUAAAAAAACCAUGGCUAGAGAGAAAAUUCAGAUCAAGAAAAUAGAUAACUCAACAGCAAGGCAAGUGACAUUCUCAAAGAGAAGAAGAGGGCUUUUCAAGAAAGCUGAAGAACUUUCAGUUCUUUGUGAUGCUGAUGUUGCUCUCAUCAUUUUCUCUUCUACUGGCAAACUAUUUGAGUAUUCUAGCUCCAGCAUGAAAGAAAUUCUUGAUAGGCGUGAUUUGCAUUCAAAAAAUCUGGAGAAAUUGGAUCAACCUUCACUUGAGCUUCAGCUUGUAGAGAAUAGCAACUACUCCAGACUAAGCAAGGAAAUUUCUGAGAAAAGUCAUCGAUUAAGGCAAAUGAGAGGAGAAGAACUCCAAGGACUAAAUAUUGAAGAGUUACAACAGUUGGAGAAGUCUCUUGAAGUUGGAUUGAGCCGCGUCAUAGAGAAAAAGGGUGAUAAAAUAAUGAGAGAGAUCAACCAGCUUCAACAAAAGGGCAUGCAACUAACAGAAGAAAACGAAAAAUUGAGGCAACAGGUGAUGGAGAUAUCCAAUAAUAAUGGGUACAAAAAUCCCGCAACAGCAGCAGUAGCAUUUGAAUCAGAAAAUGGAUUUAAUAAUGAGGAAGGUCAAUCAUCUGAAUCUGUCACAAAUGCAUGUAACUCUACUGGCCCUCCUCCUCAAGAUGAUGACAGUUCUGAUACUUCUCUCAAGUUGGGGCUACCCUAUACAGGCUGAAGUGAAGAGCAAAACCAAGCUUCUUAAAGCACGGUGUAGCUAUUUUUGUAUGUUAUGGGAGAAAAAAAGGUACUACGUACUGACUACUAAUAUGUUGCAAUGUAAAGAGCUAACCCCAAGAAUUUCAUGUUAAGUAUA